CACACGCUGUAGCACUAUACUAGAACUCUCUACUCUAAGGAUUGCACACUAGAAUAGUGUUGCUAAGUCUAGCAACUGUACCGUGUCCGUGCGCGCAAUGCACGCGGUCGCGCAAUGCACGAUAUCCUCAAAAUAGGCUACUUUUUCAACGCGUCACAACACAACAACAUAACUCCAAUUGAAGCUGCGCUUGCGCAUAUAAAUGCACUUGAAUCUGGAGAGAAACUUGUCUAUUAAAAAAUUGCAGAUCAAUACAGUUGCAGUCGGUCAACGUUGUCGCGGAGGCACCGGCAGCAGACAACGUCGCGUGCAGUCAAGGACUCUGAGCAGCACAAACUCAACCCACAACAAGAGGCAGAGCUUGUAAAGUAUAUACAAGAACUCACUACCCGUCGCUUACCACCUACAAGAGAGAUGAUACGAAAUUUCGCCUCUGCUGUAGCGCAGGAGACGCUCUCUGAUAGCUGGGUCACUCGCUUCCUCCACCGUCACAACAACUGCCUCCUGCCACGUUGGGCCACCGCUAUGGACUCCAAUCGCCACUACGCCGAGUCAUAUACCAAGUAUAAACAGUACUUUGAUAUACCCUACUCUAAGAUUGAUGAGUACAACAUAGAGCCAGAAAACACAUACAAUAUGGACGAGAAGGGCUUUAUGAUAGGGGUCAUUGGCAGGUCAAAAAGAGUAUUCAACAAGCUUCAAUAUGAGAGGAAGGAGGUGCGGCAGUCUAUACAAGCUGGUAACCGGGAGUGGGUGACAGUGCUGGCUUGUGUAUGUGCUGAUGGGAGUGCUUUACCACCUGGUAUCAUAUAUGAGGCAGCUGGGCCAGCUAUACGAUCGAGCUGGGUGGACGAUAUCAAACCAGAACAGCACUCAGCACACUUCACUACAUCCCCUACAGGCUGGACAAACAACAACGUUGGCCUUGCCUGGCUUGAACAGGUGUUUGAUCGCUAUACCAAGCAGAAAUCACGUGUGCAGUACCGGCUCUUAGUUGUAGAUGGCCAUGGCUCCCAUAUAACGAUGGAGUUCAUCAAGUACUGUGAUGAUCAUCGAAUUCUGCUGGCUAUACUGCCCCCGCACUCAACCCAGACUCUCCAGCCGUUGGACGUAGUCUGCUUCGCCCCACUGGCUCAUUUCUAUACUAUUGAGCUCACUGAGUACCUCCAGCAAAGUCUAGGGUGGCUCCCAGUUAAGAAAGGUGACUUCUUUCCACUAUUCUGGCGUGCUUGGGUGAAGAGCUUUACAGAGAGUACUGUAUUGAGCUCCUUCAGAGUUACUGGGAUAUGCCCA